GACGGAUCUUUGGGGAGGAAAAGGCAAGAAUGGGGUUUUAAUGUGGGGGUCUUCGGGGUGGAGAAAGCACGAGGUCAGCACCAGGGACAGCACCGGGACCGCACUGGGACCAAAGUGGGAAUGAACCAGGGACAGCACCGGUACCAAACUGGGACUGCACCAAGACCGAACUGGGACUGCACCAGGGCUAAACUGGGACUGCACCAGGACUGAACUGGGACUGCACCAGGACCGAACUGGAACUGCACCAGGGCUAAACUGGGCACCAGGACUGAACUGGGACUGUACCGGGACCUAACUGGGGACCGCACGGGGACCAAAGUGGGACUGAACCAGGGACAGCACUGGGACCACACUGGGACUGCACCAAGACCGAACUGGGACUGCACCAGGGCUAAACUGGGCACCAGGACUGAACUGGGCACCAGGACUGAACUGGGACAGCACCGGGACCUAACCGGGGACCGCACUGGGACCAAAGUGGGACUGAACCAGGGACAGCACCGGGACCACACUGGGACAGCAUUGAGGACUGCACGGGGACCAAAGUGGGACUGAACCAGGACUAAACUGGGACUGCACCAGGACUGAACUGGGACAGCACCGGGACCUAACUGGGGACAGCAUGGGGACCGCACUGGGACCAAAGUGGGACUGCACCAGGACUGAACUGGAUACCAGGACUGAACUGGGCAUAGGGACCAAACUGGGACAGCACUGGGACUGAACUGGGACUGCACCGGGACUGAACUGGGACAGCACCGGGACUGAACUGGGGCAGCACCGGGACUGAAGCAGAGCAGCGUGGGGAUGACUGCAUAGGGACAGCACCGGGACUGAACUGGAACAGCACCGGGACUGAACUGGGGCAGCACCGGGACUGAACUGGAACAGCACCGGGACUGAACUGGGACUGCACCAGGACUGAACUGGGACAGCACCGGGACUGAAGCAGAGCAGCGUGGGGAUGACUGCAUAGGGACAGCACCGGGACUGAACUGGGACAGCACCGGGACUGAACUGGGGCAGCACCGGGACCACACGGGUGUCAGCAGCAGGACCCCGGUGCCCCCGGGGCCUUGGCCACCCCGAGCCCCGCCGUGGGGCCACGGCUGUGGGAACGAGUGACGCGGGGGCACCCGGGAGCGCAACGGGCAGCUCCGCGGUGCGGGGAGCCAGGGGCUGGCUGUUCUGACCUUCGUCCCGCCGAGGAAGGGCUGGGUGGCGACGGGAGGGUCGCAGUGACGGCGCGGUGGCCGCGGUCACGCGUGGGGUCCCGCGGGGAACGGCGGCCCCGCGCUGCGACCCCCGGGGCCACCCGCUCGCACUAGGACCCGGCGGCGCCGCAGAGCCGGGGGGCGGGGCCCAGUGGGGCGGGGCAGCGCAACGCCGGGCGAACCUCCAAUCCCAGAAGCCCUUUCUCCGCCGGGCCCUCCCCCUUUGGCGGCCGCGCUGUGGCAGACCGGAGCAGCCGGGCGCUCAUUGGCUCUCGGGCACGCCCAUCACCCCGGGUGGGAGGGGCGCGCCGGUUGCUAGGUGACGCUCGUCGUGCUGGAGGCGCCCGGCAUGGCGGACGCGGCGGCGGAGGCGGCGCUGGCGGAGCUGGCGGCCCUGCUGGCCCCGGCGGCGGGCGCGGCGGCGCGGGCGGGCGCGGCGGCGGCGGCGCUGGCGCUGUCGGGGGACGCGGCGGGGCGGCGGCUGCUGGCGGGGCGGCCCGAGGCCCUGGCGGCCCUGCUGGAGCUGGCGGCGGCGCCGGGCCCGCCCGCGGCCCGCGACGCCCUGGGCUGCCUGGUGAACGUGUCGGCCGAGCCCGCGGCCCGGGAGGCGCUGCUGGCGGCGCUGCCCGCGCUGCUGCCGCUGCUGCCGGCCGGGCCGGCCUGCGGGCUGCUGGCCAACCUGUGCCGGGAGCGCGGCGCGGCGCGGCGGGUGCUGCGGGGCCUGCGGGAGCGCGGGCCCGGGCUGGGGCGGCUGCUGGCCGCGCUCGGGGAGCCCGGGCCGCCCGCGCAGCUCGGGCCGCUGCUCUGCAACCUCAGCCAGCUGCCCGAGGGCCGCCGCGAACUGCUGGACCGCUCCCGGCGCUCGGUGCAGCGGCUGCUGCCCUUCACCCAGUACGGGGACUCCGCCGUCCAUCGCCGGGGCAUCGUGGGCGCCCUCAGGAACUGCUGCUUCGAGCACGAGGAUCAUGAGUGGCUGCUGAGCGAGGAGGUCGACAUCCUGCCCUUCCUGCUGCUGCCCCUGGCCGGCCCCGAGGAGCUCCCCGAGGACGAGAUGGAACGGCUGCCCCCCGAGCUGCAGUACCUGCCGCAGGACAAGCGGCGCGAGGAGGAGCCCGACAUCCGCCAGAUGCUGCUGGAAUCCAUCAUGCUGCUCACGGCCACCAAGGCCGGCCGGCGCACGGUGCGGGACAGGGGGACGUACCUGGUGCUGCGGGAGCUGCACCACUGGGAGCGGGACCCCCGCGUGCUGGCUGCCUGCGAGAGGCUCAUCCAGGUGCUGAUCGGGGACGAGCCCGCGCCGGGGCUGGAGAACUUGCUGGAGGUGACGGUCCCCGAGGACGUGGAGCAGCAGCUGCAGCGCCUGGACCGCGAGGAGGAGGAGCGGUGGCGGGAGGAAGAGCAGCGGGCGGCACGGGGCUCCGCACCGCGCCCCGAGGAGCCCCCACGGUGAGGGGCGGCCGGCUUGGCCCCCGGCACAGCCGCGACACCCGGGGACCUGCAGGGACAGUCCGCCCCUCGGGGUGCCUCCCCAGCCCCCCGCUCCUCCCUGCUGCUGGGGGAGCCAGUUUGGGGUCCUGGGGGCACAACGCCCCUCGUCCCCGCAGCUCUGCCGUGGGAGGAGGCUGAGACGCGCAGGGGUGCUGCGCCCGGCCCCCCCGCCGUGGGGCUGCCCCACUGCUGCCACGGGGGCGGCCCAGGGCUGCCCAACACGACUCGCAAAAUAAAAGGUUUCUGGCCCAAAA